AUGAGCCCCAUCCUGUCCAUCCUCAUGACGGAGUACUUUGCCAGACUACACAGAGAUGGAGCGCCCAUUGACUGUGGGGCCAAUCCUCACGACGAGGCGUGCACUGCUGGAUCAAGACAAGCUGCGUGGCUGUCGAGUAUCUACUCGGCUGCGGGAUGCGUGUUCAACCUCAUCUUGUCGCCGAUGCUUGGGCAGGCGUCCGAUGUGUACGGGCGCAAGCCAUUUCUUGUGCUAAACCAGAUCUUGCGGCUUGGCGUGCCGUUCUCAGUCAUGUACUUCAUGCAGCCGGGGGGAUCCAUCACGCCUUAUUUCAUUCUGAGGCUCGCCGACUCCGGCUUUGGGGUGGCGGGUGUCAUGAGUGCCUCGGUUGCUGAUAUUGUCGCCCCUGAAGACCGGGCUGCCGCAUUCGGACUUCUCUUUGCAAGUCUAUCUGUUGGUUACUGUGCUAGUGCCUUCAUCGCACCGUUCUUUUCUCGGGAUACUAUUCUGCAGAUUGCGGCUGGUCUGUUCGUGACUCGAGUUCUGUGGGCGAUCUUCCUUUUGCCCGAGACGUUACCAGCUCGAACGCGCUUGAGCAAAACCCGAUGGGUGGUCGAGAACCCCGUCAGCUCGAUGGCGAUUCUCUUCAGGAACCAAUUAUUCAUGCGACUGACGUGCUUAAUCGCGCUGACGAGCUUCGUGUUGAACGGAGUUUUCCAGAUCCAGUCCUUUUACCUGAAUACUAUCGUGGGGUUCGAUGUGAAAGACUUUGGCACUCUGAUGCUGCUUGGAGGGUUCUUGGCAGUAGUAGGGCAGGCUCUGCUGCUCAAGCCGCUGAUCGGUUGUGUCAGAGAGAAGGGCGUGAUUGUCAUUGCACUAGUUGCCAAUACGCUAGGUACUUGUGGGUUUGCUGCUACGGCUUACUACCCGCAUAAAUGGGUGGUCUAUGCAGUGAGCGUCUCCGGAUGCAUCAGCGACCUAUCGUUUCCCGCCAUAUCCGCUCUCAAGUCGAUCAACGCCUCGGAAGAGGAGCAAGGGCGUCUACAAGGUGCGAUUUACGGCGCUCGGUCGAUCUUUGAAGCGCUCGGCCCGGUCAUUUUCGCUGCAAUGUACGCUGGUAUGACUCGGCAAUCCGUUUGGUCGCAAGCUCUUCCGUACGUGGUCGCCUCGUUCCUCUAUUUCGUUGGCGUUGGUAUGGCUUUGUCGCUGCCUGUUGGCAAGACCCCGCCACCAAGUAAAAUCGUCGCGGUUCCAGCACCUCUGCUGUCGCCUACAUACGGUGAAUCCCCAACUUCCAUGUACUUCGAGACUGACGACGACGAUGAAGACGACGAAGACGAUUUGGAAUUCAACCGACUGGCGUUUUCGACCGCGAAGGAGCUCGACGACGACCAUUUCCUCGCGGAGCCGUUGCUGGGGAGCAGCUCGGCAGCGCACGUCCGCGAGGAAGUCUAA